CGGAAGUGUCCCUGAGGCAGCUUCCGGAGGCGACCGUCCGCCAUGGCCGCGACGCGGCUGGAGCUGAACCUGAUGCGGCUCUUGAGCCGGUGCGAGGCGCUGGCGGCGGAGCGGCGGGACCCCGAGGAGUGGCGGCUGGAGAAGUAUGUGGCCGCUCUUGAAGACAUGCUCCGAGAGCUGAAGAAGCAGUCCAGCAAGCCAGCCCCAGAACUGCUGAAUGAAUACUCUCGUAAAGUGGACUUCCUAAAAGGACUUUUAGAAGCUGAAAAAUUGUCUUCAUCAACUGAAAAGGCUCUGGCAAAUCAGUUCUUGGCCCCAGGACGUACCCCUACAACAACCAAAGAGAGAACCCCAGCUACUAAAACAGUCCAUCUGCAGACAAAGGCUCGUUGCACAGGCAAGAUGAGGAGUGAGCUGCUUGGUACAGACCCCUUGGCUAUCGAUGAUUCUGAGGAGUUAAACAUAAGGAAGCGGAAAGGCCUUACAUCUGAUGAGAAGCAGUCAGCAGUUGAGCUGGAUGCUGUGUUACAGCAUCAUCAGGAUAUGCAGGAGAAGUUAGCUGAAGAAAUGCUAAGUUUGGCUCGCAGUCUCAAAAACAACACUCUGGCUGCGCAGAAUGUGAUAAAACAAGAUAACCAGACACUAUCGCAUUCUCUCAGGAUGGCAGACCAGAACUUUGAGAAGCUCAAGGAUGAAUCUGACCGCCUUGAACAGCACGCAAAGAAAUCGGUCAACUGGCUAUUAUGGAUAAUGUUAAUUGUCGUUUGUUUUAUAUUCAUCAGCAUGAUUCUCUUUAUCAGGAUUUUCCCCAAACUAAAAUGACUUUCUUUUUUUUCCCCUCCAAAACUGCCAGAAGUGCAGUUGGAAAGCUCAGCUGGUAUGAUAACUGUCAGCAAUCAACUUUGCCACCUGUCAUGUCCUUAAAGAGGCCGUCCAAGGGCUACCCUUCCAUCUCUUGUGCAAUCACUGGAUUCAGUGAAGGGUUUCAUGGGGAAGGCUUUCUACACGUGGAUACUCAGUUACUUUUUUUACUUAGUGAAUAUUGUUGUCUAUUGAGGAGACAACUGGGAUAAAGGUGGCAACUUACACUGAGCUGGUAGCAAGUUCUUUAGUGGAUAGACACAGUCCUCUGGCAAAUGUUACGACUCCUAAAAGGUGUUUACUCAAUAGGAAUAUAAGGAACAGUCUUGAAGUCUUACCAUUUUUCCUGUCUUUUCAGCUUUACUGUACUGAACUAGCACCUUGCUGCCCACAGGAUAUUUAAUUACAAAGUUACAUACGUACACAGCUGUAGGGCAUAGGAAGAGAAUGCUGCCACUGAGUUGCUUGCCUGGCUCAGAUUCAGAGAGUGUCGACAGGUAAAACUAUUCUCAGGCUCACCUUUUUCCCAGAUGGGUAUUUGGGACUUUGAACUUCGCAGUCGUCUUUGGUUUAGACUUACUAUAGAAGGGCUGAAGUUGCUUGCUGUUGCAAUGUUCGCUUCCCUUUUUGUAUGCACAAAUGUUCUCACUUAUUCAUUGUCUGUUAUGUUGAUGUUGUUGCAUCCAGAAAACACUGUGACCCUGGCACCAUGGAAUUGUACACACAGUACUCUCUGGUGUAGACCUCACCUGUACAAACGUUUUUUCACUGUAAGAUGAGGGCAAAGGAAGCUGGUGUCUUCAAGACAGAAAUAAUAAUUAAAAAAAAAAAAAAGUCAGCCUUUACUUUUUGAGACAAAUUAUUGUGGUCAAAAGUGUUUGUGUCAAACUUGCAUUCUGGUCAACAGUGUUCGUGUCAAACUCGUAUUCUUAAGAGGUCACUACAUUGAAGCAGAGAUAAAAUAAACUAGAAUGAACGCUUUUUAAACACUACUGCUAGAAAAGUUUAGAGCCUGCAGUAAAGUUAAGUUUGUUGUGACAAUGUUAAGAGCCACUUUUAGGUGCUUGUGAUAAGCUAAAAGCAAACCAUUCUGCAUCUGUGCUGUCGUUUCUGGAGUCUUACUCUGAAAAUGCUGGUGUUUAGGUGUGUAGUUUCACGUUGAGGAAGUGAGGAGCUGUGGAUGACCCCCGGGUGCUCUUUUGCUAUUUCUAUUUCUGUUUUGAACCACUAGAUGGGGUGUUUUAGGCCCGUCUGUUUGGUGAUCUCCACAGCAGCCCUGGGUGAGAGGAAGGUGUGGGGAAGAGCUGUUUGUCUCAACAGUUGAGUUCUUAUGAAAACCCGACUGCUUCUUUGAAUGCAUCCCAAAGUAGCAGGCUCUGUUUCAGAAUUGUUUUCUGUUCUUUACAAAAACAGCCGUGUUAAUGAAGACAGUUAAGAUUUUUCGCAUAAAGUGUUUUUGGUCAUUUAACAGGAUGUUUGCAAUGUAGUAUACCAUUACUUAUGGAUUAUCAAAUGAGCGUUCAGACUAUGAAGUACAGCUUUUUCUUCUAGCAACUCAUCUAUGUGAUAUGCUCAUUCUCUUUGAGCAAACUUGUUACUUACCUUGAACUUUAUAGAAAUUUACAAUUGUAGCAAUCCAUUUAUGGACAUUUGUACUUUUCCCAGAAGUUUUUCUUUAACUGUAAUGUCUGACAUUUCACUGUGCUCCAUUAGUGAAUGCUGUGUCACCAAAUUAUUUUUUAAUUCAAAUUGUUUACUACUUGCCCUGCAGGCGUUUCAGUGCUGAGUUCUUCUCUUAGAGCAGAGGUUGAAUGUAGUGCUGGCAUGCUUUUUGUGUGUGAGAUAUUGGAAUGAUACAACACUAAUUCUUCAUCAUCUAUAACAUUUUCCCCUUUAUUACUUGAAAAAAAUUUAUUUUUUUUUUCCAGCUUGCAAAAGACUUGGUGCAUCAUUGCAGACAAGUUUAAAGCUGAAUUGUGCUAUCAGCCAUGUGUUGCCUAUACCUUUUUGGCACUUAUAAAUUAAGUUCAAUUGGAAAGACCUGAAAGGGAACUGCUAGUGAUAGCUUGCCCCCAAGAAAACAUCCACCCCUCUAAGUCAACAACAAUCCCUUUUCAAAGAAGCCUACUAGGAAAUCAGUUCAGAAACACAUGCUAUUUCACUUUUGACUGUUAAUGUUUCAUGAGUGUUUGUUAUUUUGAAGGAUGAACUGCUGAAGCUGAGACUGAAUCCUGUAACUGCUAACACCUUUUGUGAUACCUCACAUGGCUGUUAAGCAUAGUGCCUCCAGCGCUGCACUGAGCUUCUGGUUACCUCUGACCCGGUGGAAGAAUGUUACCUUCUGCCCUGGCAAACCAAACGGAUUAAUUGCCUCAGUGGCCAGCAAUCUCCCUGCACACAAUGGCUGUUUUGUCAAUUGGCAGUUGCAGUCUUUGCUUUUCUUGAGUUCAUUUAGUAAUUACAGUCAUUCAAAAACACUUUGAAGAUCAGUGCCAGUAGUAUUUAGAAUAAACAAUUGCUGAAGGCUUUGUGACAUUUCAUCGAUGGAGUGACAGUUUUUAUUUUUGACUGAUGUAUGGGUGGUGGUGGUUGUACGAUCUGC